CAUUCCAUACUAGCGCCGUAUAAAUGCGUUCAAAUAACCUUAAUUGGAAUACCGACUGACGUAUAAAUGCGUCCGAUAAUCUAUAGCGUGAAUACCGAGUGUCGCAAUAAUGCGCACCUGCAGAUGUAGCUCUGAAUGCCUAGCGACGCAAAAAUACGUCCGUUUUAAUUGGUCUCUAAAAUAAAGUUCUUUGUUUGCUGUCAGUUAUCAACCAAUGAAAAUUCUUGUUACAAAUGCUUUCUGAAACAGAAAGUAGAUUUUUUCCCAACUUCUUCCGGUCAUAACUUUGACAAAAUACGACGAGAACAGACACCUAUACAGAGCUUUUUUCAAUCAUGGAUUCCGAUUCUUCGGACAAUGAGAGUAAUUUCAGUGGAUUUGAAUCAGAUGAUUUACCAUUAGCAGAUUUAAUUGACUCGGAUGAUGAAUUUGAUGAUAGUGACAAGGAAAAUGAGUCUGUUGUAGAAGACGAAAAUUGGACUGUAAAUGAUCGUUCUGAUCGUUCGAAAAAGGCAUUCUGUGGACCUGAGCCUGGCCCAAGAUUCGAUCUUGACCCUGACCAGACUGAAUGGAACUUUGUUGAAAUGUUCUUUCCAAUGAUGUUAGUUGAACUUCUUGUUGAACAAACCAACUUGUUUGCAAGACAAAAAAUGGAAAUAAAACAUGACAAGUCAUGGCGACCUGUCAGUGUGAAAGAGAUGAUGGCAUGGCUUGGCAUCAGGAUCUAUAUGAGCAUUGUGCAACUACCUCAGAUGGCUAUGUACUGGUCAACGGACAUCUUGUAUGGGAACUUUAGCGUCCGGCGAAUCAUGACAAGGGAUCGGUUCAUGAAAGUCUUGCAGUACCUCCACUGCAAUGACAAGACCAAAAUGAAGCCCAAGGGACAUCCUGAGCAAGACAAACUGUUCUUGAUUCGGCCAUUUCUUGAUGUGGUGAAAAAAAUGUGUUUGACCCUGUACAAUCCUCACAGAAAUGUUUCGAUUGACGAGGCGAUGGUCAAGUUUCGCGGUCGUCUUGGAUUUCGACAGUUCAUGCCACUCAAACCAGCCAGGUACGGUGUGAAAGUGUGGGUACGUGCGGACCCAGUGAAUGGAUAUGUCAAUGAUUUCCAAGUUUACACUGGGAAGGAUGCUAACACGGCUGAAGUUGGGCUAGCAACAAGAGUUGUGUUGGACUUGAGCCAUGAACUUCGGGGGGAAAUGGCACAUUGUGAAUGUGGACAAUUUUUUUACGAGUCCCAAGUUGUUUGA